AUGAGGCCACCAUAUGUGCCGUUUAUUGCAAUUGAAAAAAACACCUACAUCGACGUGGAUUUGCCGUCAUCGCUUGCUGAUGUCGCUAUAACUCUAACCGCUCAAAUUGCUGCUGCUACUGCUGCUGCUGCUGUUGCUGCUGUAAUGUGCACCAGUUCUUUUUUCCGUGUGUGCGAGUCCGCCAUUGCCACCACCGGUUGGGGAUUCGGGCAGCCGUUAGACCACGCCCGCCACGAUGGCGGUGGUUUGCUACCGCUCCACUUGGACCCGUCCGUCCAUAAUGAGCCUUCGACGCUCACUUUUAUGGCUGCACUGCAAGUGCACUUUUCUGUGGGCCUCUGUUUCAGAAAAAAAGCCUAUGUGACUUUGCGGCUGUCAUUACUGCCAUGA